AUGUUUGUCACCCCCCAUCGAUUCCUUAUCCCCUUUUGUCUGGUCCUCAAUGCGUUUAGCAGCAUCGCCAUUGUUUUCUGCAACAAGCUGAUAUUUGAGGAUCACGACUUCAGGGCCAGCACGACCCUCACUUUGAUUCAUUUUGUAAUGACGUUCCUUGGCCUUGUUUUUUGUCUGGCUGGUGGCAUGUUCAAAUUUAAACGAUUGAGUCUCAUGAAGGUCAUGCCACUGAGCGUGAGUUUCUGCGGCUUUGUUGUUUUGACAAAUAUGUCUUUGAUGUACAAUUCUGUUGGGUUCUACCAACUCAUGAAGGUUCUAACAACACCUCUGCUUGUGCUGAUGGAAACCGUUAUCUACGACAAAAAAUUCUCCAAGAAAAUUAAGGUAUCUCUUCUCUUGAUUUGUUUUGGUGUGUCAGUUGCAACGGUGACGGAUAGCGAAGUGAACCUUGUGGGCACGCUGGUCGCCCUGUCGGCUCUUUUUGUCACAUGUCAGUAUCAGAUAUGGGUAGGCACAAAACAAAAGGAUCUGGGUUGCGACUCGUUUCAACUGCUUUUAUAUCAAGCCCCACUUUCCUCGGUGUUACUGUUGCCCAUAGCAUACUUUACGGAAUUACGUCGUCUGCAUUACCCCUGCAAUGAUACCUUGUCGGUUAUUCUGUUGAGCGGUUUUGUCGCAUUUAUUGUGAAUCUCUCCAUAUUUCUUGUUAUUGGGAAGACUUCACCGGUCACGUACAAUGUCUUGGGGCACUUUAAACUUUGUGUAAUUUUGCUGAUUGGGCACGUGUUUUUUGACGGCCCUAUGGGAUCAAAGAGGUUUCUGGGCGUUUUGUUGACCCUAGUUGGUGUUUUCUGGUACACACAUCUCAAGGCAGCUAAACACUCAGGUGCUGAGGUCAUUAUCAGUACUGAAGAAUUCAAAGGAAAGGACGAAGAUUCGGAUGGUGUUUAG